AUGUCUAUGUUCCCUGCAAACGGUGUUAGGUCCGCUAGCAAUCUACCUGCCGUUAAGAAAGUCCGUUGCUCAGUGGAACAGUUCAUGUAUUAAGCUUACGUUACAGUCUAAUCUUGGCACCCAACCAAGUCAAAGGUAUCUGCUACGGUGUAGUUGUAAGAAAGUGAAAAUGGUGUGAUGGGAGUUCUGAGACGAUAGUCCCGUACGGCGAGGGACCAGGGGAAACCAUGUCGUCCGAGCUACAGGAGGCGAUAUGCACGGCCAGGCAGGAGAGACACAAAAAUCUGUUCCUGAACUAUCGAAACCUCAACAUCUUCCCAUUGGAACUCCUGAAGGACGAGGGCCUGCAGUUUCUGGAGCGGCUCUACAUGAAGAGGAACUCCCUAACCACCCUGCCUGAAAAUCUGGCCCAGAAGCUGCCAAAUCUUAUUGAGCUCUAUCUGCAUUCUAACAACAUCGUCAUUGUUCCUGAAGCCAUCGGAAACCUGGCCAAGCUACAGUCCCUGGACCUGAGUGACAACGCCCUGCAGGUCAUCUGCCCCGAGAUUGGCCGGCUGCGCUCCCUGCGCCACCUCAGAUUGGCCAACAACCAACUGAAGUUCCUCCCACCAGAGAUAGGGGACCUGCGGGAGCUGGAGACUCUGGACGUGUCGAUGAACAUGCUGAGCACUCUGCCGGCCCGGCUGCACCAGUGCCUGUCCCUGCAAUGCCUCACCGCCGACCGCAACGGCCUGCGCUGCCUCCCCCGCCAGCUCACCCAGCUGCACAGCCUCAACGAGCUCAGCAUGGCCACCAACUGCCUGGCCUCGCUGCCUCUGGAUCUAGGACGCUCGCGGGAGCUGCAGUUUGUCUUCGUCGACAACAACGUUCACCUGAAGGGCCUCCCAUCCUUCCUGUACAACAAGGUGAUCGGCUGCAGCGGAUGUGGGCUGUCGGGGCAGGUGUCUGAAGGGAAGCUGCUCUCUCUGGUGCUGGAGGAGGUGAGCGUGCCCCUGCCGGCGGAGGUGAAGUCCAUCGGUGUGGAAGCGGAGAGAGUGAUGCCCCUGGAAGAGCUGGCCAUGAGAGUGCUGCACCGCAUGUACAGCUCCCGGCUCAAAGAUGUGAAGUUCCUGCCCCCGAUCUCGUUACCCACGAGCCUGCUGGAGCUCCUGCACUGUCCCCUGGGCCACUGUCACCGCUGCAGCCAGCCCAUGUUUACCAUAGUCUACCCCAAACUCUUCCCCCUGAGAGAGACCGCCCUGGCGGGGGUGCACCGCAGGACCACAGUGAGCUUUGUGGCGUACUGCUGCUCCAGCCAGUGCGUGCGGAUGUUUGACCUCCAGAGCUGAUCCACACCGAGGGGGGGGGGG